CUCGGCAUUGUGGCAGGCGGCGGCGGCCGGCGAGGGCGCCGGAGCCGCGAGCAGCGGCGGGACGCAGAGAGGCGCGCGCGGAGGUUCGGACGGCGCGGCGCGGGCUGCUGCGAGUGUCGCUGAGUGCGCUCACCUUCCGUCGUGCAACUUCGAAGCCAGGGCGCGGGAGCCCGGGGAGCGCUCGGAGCCCCGGAGCCUGAGGAGCGCAGAGAGGGGCGCGCCGGAGCCUGGCUGGAGAGCGGGCGCCAGGCACCCACUGCGCUCCGAGCGCCGGGCAGCCCUCUGCGCAGCGUGGCUGCCGCUGCCCCCACGGAGGGCACGGGCUGGCGCGGCCGAGCGCCGGGGAGGACGGCGAGGAGGCGGCGGCGGCGGCGGAGACGGCGGCGGCGAGGCUGGGGCCAGGGAGAAAGCCCCGGGGGAGAGGCGCCCGAGCCUGGCCGCGGGAGCAUGUGGGCCCGGAGCGGAUCGCGGGGCGCGCUGCUGCUGGCGCUGCUGCUCUGCUGGGACCCGAGGCUGAGCCAAGCAGGCACUGAUUCUGGGAGCGAGGUGCUCCCCGACUCCUUCCCCUCGGCGCCGGCUGAGCCCCUGCCCCACUUCCUGCAGGAGCCACAGGAUGCCUACAUCGUGAAGAACAAGCCGGUGGAGCUGCGCUGCCGCGCCUUCCCCGCCACGCAGAUCUACUUCAAGUGUAACGGCGAGUGGGUCAACCAGAAUGACCAUGUGACGCAGGAGGGCCUGGAUGAGGCCACAGGCCUGCGGGUACGAGAGGUACAGAUCGAGGUGUCGCGGCAGCAGGUGGAGGAGCUGUUCGGGCUGGAGGAUUACUGGUGCCAGUGCGUGGCCUGGAGCUCCGCGGGCACCACCAAGAGUCGCCGGGCCUACGUCCGCAUUGCGUACCUGCGCAAAAACUUCGACCAGGAGCCUCUGGGCAAGGAAGUGCCCCUGGACCAGGAGGUUCUCCUGCAGUGCCGCCCACCAGAGGGGGUGCCUGUGGCUGAGGUGGAGUGGCUCAAGAAUGAGGACAUCAUCGACCCCACCCAGGACACCAACUUCCUGCUCACCAUUGACCACAACCUCAUCAUCCGCCAGGCCCGCCUCUCAGACACGGCCAACUACACCUGUGUGGCCAAGAACAUCGUGGCCAAGCGCCGCAGCACCACUGCCACGGUCAUUGUCUUCGUGAACGGUGGCUGGUCCAGCUGGUCAGACUGGUCGCCCUGCUCCAACCGCUGCGGCCGCGGCUGGCAGAAGCGCACACGGACCUGUACCAACCCGGCCCCGCUCAACGGAGGCGCCUUCUGCGAGGGCCAGGCCUUCCAGAAGACCGCCUGCACCACCGUGUGCCCAGUGGAUGGAGCGUGGACGGAGUGGAGCAAGUGGUCAGCCUGCAGCACCGAGUGCGCCCACUGGCGCAGCCGCGAGUGCACAGCGCCCCCACCCCAGAACGGCGGCCGAGACUGCAGCGGGACCCUGCUCGACUCCAAGAACUGCACCGACGGGCUGUGCGUUCAGAAGAAGAAAACUCUAAGUGACCCCAAAAGCCACCUGCUGGAGGCCUCGGGGGACGUGGCGCUGUAUGCAGGCCUCGUGGUGUCCGUCUUCGUCGUCGUGGGUGUCCUCAUGGUGGUGGGGGUGGUGGUUUACCGCCGCAGCUGCCGGGACUUUGACACGGAUAUCACCAAUUCGUCGGCCGCCCUCACCGGCGGCUUCCACCCUGUCAACUUCAAGACUGCGAGGCCCAACAACCCACAGCUCCUGCACCCCUCCGUGCCUCCGGACCUCACGGCCAGUGCCGGCAUCUACCGCGGGCCCGUGUAUGCCCUGCAGGGCUCAGCCGACAAGAUCCCCAUGACCAACUCACCCCUGCUGGACCCCCUGCCCAGCCUCAAGAUCAAGGUCUACAACUCCAGCACCACCGGCUCGGGGCCAGGCCUGCCAGAUGGGGCUGACCUGCUGGGGGUCCUGCCGGGCGGCACGUAUUCCGGCGACUACGCCCAUGAUGCCCACUUGUUGCCCCUGCGCAGUGCCAGCCUCAGCUCCCAGCAGCUCCUGGGCCUGCCCCGUGACCCGGGGAGCAGCGUCAGCGGCACUUUUGGCUGCCUGGGAGGGAGGCUCAGCAUCCCGGGCACAGGGGUCAGCCUGCUGGUGCCCCAUGGAGCCAUCCCCCAGGGCAAGUUCUACGAGAUGUACCUCCUUAUCAACAAGGCAGAAAAUACCCUCCCGCUCUCAGAAGGGACCCAGACAGUACUGAGCCCCUCGGUGACCUGUGGGCCCACGGGCCUCCUGCUGUGCCGCCCUGUCAUCCUCACGGUGCCCCACUGUGCUGAAGUCAGUGCCGGCGACUGGAUCUUCCAGCUCAAGACCCAGGCCCACCAGGGCCACUGGGAGGAGGUGGUGACUCUGGACGAAGAGACCCUGCACACGCCCUGCUACUGCCAGCUGGAGGCCAGGUCCUGCCACAUCCUGUUGGACCAGCUGGGCACCUACGUAUUCACGGGUGAGUCCUAUUCCCGCUCGGCAGUGAAGCGGCUCCAGCUGGCCAUCUUCGCCCCUGCCCUCUGCACGUCCCUGGAGUACAGCCUCAGGGUCUACUGCCUGGAGGACACACCCGUUGCGCUGAAGGAGGUGCUGGAGCUGGAGCGGACCCUGGGCGGCUACCUAGUGGAGGAGCCGAAACCCCUGCUGUUUAAGGACAGUUACCACAACCUGCGCCUCUCUCUGCACGACGUCCCCCAUGCCCACUGGAGAAGCAAGCUCCUGGCCAAGUACCAGGAGAUCCCCUUCUAUCACAUCUGGAGCGGCAACCAGAAGGCGCUGCACUGCACGUUCACCCUGGAGAGGCACAGCCUGGCCUCCACGGAGCUCACCUGCAAGAUCUGUGUGCGGCAAGUGGAAGGGGAGGGCCAGAUCUUGCAGCUGCACACCACGCUGGCGGAGACACCUGCUGGCUCCCUGGAUGCCUUCUGCUCUGCCCCUGGCAGCACGGUCACCACCCAGCUGGGGCCCUACGCCUUCAAGAUUCCACUGUCCAUCCGCCAAAAGAUAUGCAACAGCCUGGACGCCCCCAACUCGCGGGGCAAUGACUGGCGGCUAUUGGCGCAGAAGCUCUCCAUGGACCGGUACCUGAACUACUUUGCCACCAAAGCGAGCCCCACAGGUGUAAUUCUGGACCUCUGGGAGGCUCUGCAGCAGGACGACGGGGACCUCAACAGCCUGGCGAGUGCCUUGGAGGAGAUGGGCAAGAGUGAGAUGCUGGUGGCCAUGGCCACUGACGGGGACUGCUGAGCCACCCCUGACCAUGGACUGGGAGGGCUGGCAGGAGGCGGGCACACGGGGGACCCCCGGGCAGCCUCGUGUGAGGCAGUGCAGCCUCUGCUGCCCACCCCCACUCACAGCCAGAGUCGCCCCCUCCUCCUCCCCUUGCCCCACUCCCAGACCACAACCAGCCUUAGCAAAUCUAUGUACUCCAUUGUCAGGAAGACCCAGUGUUCCUUCUCCACCCCCUGCUGUCCCUCCUGCCCUCAGAUCUCCGUGGAGGAACCGAGAUGAGGCCUCUGGAGACAGCAAGGGGGGCCAGGAGGUGGCCCUACCCCCCCCCCACCUGCCACCUCUGCUCCAGGAGCUCUGGGUGAUAUUUGUCUUAGAUGCGUCCUUCGGUUUCUUCCUCAGUUACUGGUUUCUCCCUCCCGCCUAAGUCCUCUCCUCCUUUCACACCGUUUUCCUCUUUGAAGAGUCAAGUACAAUUCAGACGAACUGCUUUCUCCCUUCCAAAUCAAAAAGGAAAAGGAAAGGAAGAAAGAAAGCUUCAGACCGCUAGUCAGGCUCAAAGAAGAAAAAGAGAAACACCAAAACCACAAGGGAAAAGAAAAACCCAGUUUCUUAGGAAACGCAAAUGAUUUAUUAUCCAGAUAUUUGGAUAAGUCCUUUUUAAGAAAAAAAAAAAAA